AUGUCAGAAACAAUUAAAGGUAAUUGGACUUCUAGUAGUGCUUACAAUCUUGAUCUUGCACUGAAAGAGUCACGUGAAUGGAUCGAAGCUGUCAUCCAACAAAAGUUUCCAUCCGAUGAUUUUCAAGCAUCUCUAAAGAAUGGUUUAUUUCUAUGCAAGUUAAUCAAUCAAAUAAAACCGGGAAUUGUACCAAAGACAAAUCCAGCCACUACAGAUUUUGCAUAUCGUGAGAACCUCUCGUUUUUCAUCAAGGCAGCCAAACAAUUGGGAUUGCGUGAUACUCAGUUGUUUGAGUCAUCUGAUCUCUACGAAGCAAAGCGUAUUCGUAAUGUAGCUAUCAGUCUUUAUUGGUUGGGUCGUGCAGCUCGUGGAAUCAGUACCUACAAGGGUCCACAAUUGAAUCUACUGGCUUUCCAAAAGAUGAAUUGCUCGGCUUGUAAGAAAGCAAUUAACGACAACAACUAUUUGGCUACUUUGACACAACAAUAUCACACUUCAUGUGCUGUCUGUUGCAAUUGCAGUUGUAAAUUGGAUCCAAAACAACCAUUCUUUAUGGAAGGUAAUAACAUUUGGUGUCAGAAUUGUAUGGUUGGCGCAACAAAGAUUGGUAGUGGAAGUGGAGCUGGAAGUCAAGCAAGUGGUGGAAAGGCUGGUCAUGGACAUAAGCAUGAUAAUGAAUGUACUGGAUGUCAUGGUUCAUUGGAGAAUGGUUAUGUUCCAGAUGAAAAGGAUGAGUCAAAGAAAUACUGUACUAAAUGUAUCUGUGAUCUAUGUCAUAAUCCAUUGAUUGGAAAUUUCAAUGUUGUAAAUGGUGAAAAGAUUUGUGAUGAUUGUAGUUGCUCUGGUUGUUCAAAACCAUUGAAAGAAGGAUUCUUUGAGGAAGGUUUGGCAAAGUAUUGCGAAGGAUGUAAUGAUCAAAACAAUAAGAAGAAUCAAAAACCAACAUUAUCACCAUCAACUGCAAAGAAGGAUCAUGAUCAUGGACAUGGACAUCAUCAUCAUGAACACGGACCAGGUUGCAGCCACGAUAACAAACCAAAACCUUCAACAACCACAACAUCCAAUAAUAACAAUAAUAAUAAUAAGAAAGGAUGUAAGGAAUGUAAUAAGCCAUUGGAUACAAAACAAAAGGUUGGUAAUGAUCGUGAUCUCUUCUGCUCACCACAUGAAAAAGAAAGAUGUUGCGGUGGAUGUAAUCGUGAGGUCGAAGGACAAGUAUUACAGGCGAUGGACAAAUCUUGGCAUCCAGAUUGCUUUACAUGCAAAAAGUGCAGUAAGGAUUUGAAAAAACCAGGAGAAACCAUCCGUAAAGGUGCCGAUGGAAAUCCAUUAUGUGGUCCCUGUAGCAGUGGUAGCGGACCAUCCAACAACAAUUGUGGUAGUUGCAACAAACCAGUUGUAGGUCAAGGUGUUGAGGCACUCGAUAAGAAAUGGCAUCCCGCAUGCUUCAAAUGCUCCGAUUGCAAAAAGACUUUGGGAGAUGAGUUCUUUGAAGUCGGAAACAAGGCGUUGUGUGAUCCAUGUUACAAUAGUCAACCUUCAACAGGUGCGAGUGAGGGAUACAAUCCCAAUGAUAAGUGUGCAGGUUGUACCAAACAGCUAGGUGUUGGAAACGAAGUAACAAAGAUCAACAAACAUUUCUGGCAUCGCGGUUGUUUCAAGUGUGACUCUUGUAAUGCUGCUCUUCAAACUGGAUACUUUUUGCAUGGAGAUGACCGUCCUCACUGCAAGGUGUGUCACGACAAGAUCGAAGCUUCCAAGUCUGACAAAUGUCCCAAGUGUAACAAACCCAUUCUUUCUGGUGAAAUCGUCAAGGCAUCCGGAAAGAUGUGGCACAAGGCUUGUUUCUCAUGUUUCAAAUGCUCCAAACAAAUUGGAGAUGGUUCUACUUUUACACGUUUCUCUAAACCAUAUUGUAAACCAUGUUGGGAACAAGAAAAAGCCAAAUAA